CCCACAGUAAAGGUUCGAAACCCUGGCCUCUUCUGGGGUUUCAGGGAUCCCCUUCACUUGUCAGGAGAAUAGUGAAACUAAGCACUUGGGCGUCGGUGGUGAUUGUGGCUUCUGAGUUGAAACUGAGAAGGGAAGCUGCCUGCGGGUCCGGCUUCACUAAAUCUUUCAGGAUUUAUGUGGAGAGAAAUCACCAAGUAGAAUGAAGUUCAAGGGAGUUUGGAGGAAACUCUCUGAUUAUGUCCGCUAUGAUCUGAAGGAAAUUGCUUUCCCUUCGUCAUUGCCAGACCCCCCUCAUAUAAAAAAGCGGAGAAAAUUGACAUGGAAAGAGCGAUUUGAAGUGUUGAAGGAAGCAUCUAGGCUUUACGCUGCAAGCUGGGUACGUGAUAUUGGUCCUGAUCUUCGGCCAAAUGAUUACAGAAAAUCUGAAGGAGAAAAUGGAAAAUCUAAUGAAGGAAAGGAAACAACUGAGGGAAAAGAACCCUCUACGUUGGAGGAUCUUGCGGUUGCUGCCAGAGGAGGAAUGGAAACUCUAAGGCCUGCUUUGCAGCGGGUGUACAUGACAAGGGCAUCUGCUUACCGGGAUGCACUGAAGAGCUUUAUACAAGGAUAUCAAGAAGGGAUAAAGCAAGUCAUGGAAAAGAAGGAAGAGUCUAAAUCCCAACAGCCAGAAGACACCACAAGAAGAUCAACUUGAUCCUCGCCCCUUGAACAGACAUUUUGUAAGUUUGUCAUCAAGGAAAAAACCUGAAGUAAGGAAACUAUUUGUGCGUUCUUUGUUAACUAGGAUUAUAAUCUUUUCUCUGUAAGCAGUGGCUAAUGAAAUUAUUUUUAGUGUA